AUAAGGGCGACGUUCCUUCAGACGACAAUCUGUUUCUCGACCACUUUAAGGGGUGAGUCAUUAUUGACCUAGGAACGCGUUCUAGACGAGUAGGAGCGGCCUGACUAGCCGAUGCCGCAGCCCUUAUGAAGCAGGCAGAGCCGAAUCUGCCUAAACCGCCAGAGAGCAUGGCGACUUUCGAAGCGGCGUGGAGACCCCAGGAUCCCGGCUCGUCCGCCGGAUCGCCUCAUUUCUCGUUUCAAGACGCGGGAUUCGAGCCGCGUUACCAGACAUCAGGGAAUAGUUUUAUAGAAGACACCUUCGUUCCGCUUCUCCCGGACGACGACGAGGCUGACGAGUUUCGCGACGGAGUUAAGAGUAUCCGCAGUUCCCGCGGGGACUCUAAGCCGCAGCUCGCGAGCCGGUCCUCCGGAGCAAGAGAACGUCGCGACCUGUACUCCUCCCCUCCUCGCAGCAAAUCCCCGUCCAGUCUUAACCCCGUUAGUAACCGCUCCGGUACUAGCCGUAACCUCGCCAAGACUUUUUCCUUACGCAUUCCCGAGAACGUGGAAGACUCGUCGUCUCCUCAGAACCGUCGAUCGCUCUCCCCUCGGCAAUCCCGUUCCCACUCUCACUCACAUACCCACGCGUCGCAUAGCAGUCUACUAUCUGGCAUGCUCAGUCCCCGCCGGGGGGGGAGAGCCCCGCGCGUCAUGCGCAAGGGCCUGUCGGUGUCGUCGGUGGUUCUGGAGCACGUCGCUAGCGAGGCAGCUAGUAUGGAGGACGAGGCGGCGAACGACAGCUCUGGGUGGGACGAGGACGGGGGCGCAGCCGCGCGACGCGUCCACGCGAAAGCGCUCGCCGCCAUCGCGACGCCGCGCGGACGCGGACCGAAGGCGAACGACUGGAGCAACGCGCGUAAGGCGGCGCACGAGUGGGGUAGCCUCGCCAGUGCCCUCUCUAGUAGCUCGGGGUCCCGCACGGGAGCUAUGUCCGCCGCGGCAGCAGCGGCGGUGCAGGUGUCCCCAGAGCGGGGUGGUAACAGCCGGUGGCAUUCGCGAACGCGAAGCUCGUCGCAGGUUUCGGACGCCGAGGGCAGCUCGUCCCCGUGGGGAGGACCGGGCCGAACGGCCGGUGGAGGAGCGGAGGGGGGAACUGCGGGCGGAGAUAACGGCUUUGCGGGGGCCAGGCGGGGGAGAGUGAGCGGAGGAGGCGGAGGGACGGGGUCUUCCGCGGGUAAGCCGGCAGGGGCCGAGGGCCAUCGGCAGCAGAAAGAGGUGCUCUCCGCAGGCGCAUCCGACGCACGUGCAGCGCCGGCGGCGGAGAGGCCCCCCGUGCCCGAGGUCUUGCAGGACCUGUCCGUGUUUUACGGCGCCUCGAGGGAGGGCGUCGCGAGUAGCGGCAGCGUGAUAUUUAAUCCUUCUGGCGUCGGUGCGAGCGACUUGAUCUCGGAUAUUGCUCCGUUGUUGGACCCCCCCUUAGCUCCUGCUGCUGCUGCUGUGGCGGAAGCUGCGAUGACGUCACCACGAGGUGUCCAUGCUUCCCCGAGAGCCACGUGGGCCAAUCAGAAGCCGGCAACGGCGGGGAGAGUGGCGGGUGGCGGGGGGAGGCCUCACGUGGCAGCAGGCGCGGCAGCCGCGUCGGGAGUAGGCGCAUCUGGGGCAGGCGCAUCCAGCGCAGGUGCAUCCGGCGCAGUUCCGAGCGCCAUUUCGCCCAUGGCGGUAGCCGCCAUCCGCGGCGGCGGACUGGCCGCCAUGUCGCCUCGCCUACUCAAGUUUCUGGUGGACGACAAGGGGGGCGCGGAGCGGGGCGCGGAGAGAGCGGGGGAGGGGAAGCGGGGCGGAGACAGGCGCGUGCGGCAGAGCGGAAGCGGGGAUGAGACCGUCGAGGGGAAGGGGGCAGGGGGCGGCGACGGGGUGCGGGUUUCGUUGCGCGCGCGCAGUGGGCCGUUAACCGCAAGGGGAAGGUCGCGCGCGGUGGCCUCCAUGAGUGGUGUGAGUGGUUCGAUAAGCGGAACCUUUAGGGUCCCCGCGCCGUUGCACUCCCCCUUGUCCGGCUCGCCCGUGUCGUCUGAAGUGUCCUCCCCGUUAGCCCUUCCCGCGCCGUCCCCGUUAGCGCCGUCCUCGAGUUUCGGUAGAAGCGCCGCCGCCACAGCAGCGGCGGCAGGCGCUGUUAGUUAUACUGGUAGGGCUGGUAUAGGCACAUCGGCUACAAUCACAUCACCCACCAAGGCCACCUCCCCCCUAGCGCCCAGCGCUGCCGCCGCCGCUGCAGGGCCGUCCACGUCAGCUGCGCCGUCAUCCGCUGCUGCUGCCAGCUGGCACUCUUUCCGCCGCCCCGCCGCCCUCGAUUUAGGGCAACUCGCGCCGGGCGCCACAGGGGGGGAGGAAUUCGAGGGAGAACACGAGUUCCAUGAUGACGAUGCUGACGUCAGCGACGCAGCGGCUGUCGCGAAUCGGGCCGAUCCGCCAGGUUCGGGGAGAGCGGCGGCGACAGGCUUGGGGGCUGCCUCGGAUCCCGGCGGCGUUGGGGUGGAGGCGGUCGAAAUGCGCCUCGAGCGGCGGUCAACGGGGAACGCGCAGCACCACGCGGAAACGGCGGCGGGGAGUCAGGAGAACGCGGAGCGGCCGCGCAGCAGCCCCGUGGUUCUAGAUUCGCUGCACAGCUUCCAGCGCCGAACCAGCCCUGCAGGGUUGGGCAGCGUAGAUAAGUCCGGGUUGGGCUUCGUCAGCGGUGGCGGCGGCGGCGGCGGCGGGGGAGGAGGCGGGGGAGGGGGAGGAGGGGGUGGAGGAGGGGGAGGGGGGGGGGGGAGGAGGGGGACGAGUGGGCGCGGGGGCGGGGGUAUGAGUCUUGCGGCUGUCGAGGACGCUUAUGGCGCGGACACGCGGGGGCUAGCGCCGUCGCUGUCGUUUUCCGGGGAUGACCUGGCGAUCAGCCCCAUUGAAAGGCGCCCCUCUGCCAACGAGUAUAUUGACUUCCCCUCCGCCGCAUCCCCCUCCGACCAUACCCUUGACCUUAACCUCCUGCCCACACAGCAGCAGCAGCAGCAGGAGCAGCAGCAGCAGCAGCAUAGGCCGCACAGUACCAAGCCUGGCAGGCACCCAGGCGGGCACGCCGCUAUGGGCAUUGGGGGCGCCGGGUCAGCUUCGUUCGGCCGCGCGGGCAAGCCUGGGAGCAGCGGAAACAGCCCCGUAGGCUCGGCAACGGUGGCAGGUCCGGGGACAGGUUCGGGAGGUUUCGGGGCAGGCGGCACAGGCACAGGCACAGGCACAGGCACAGGCACGGGUAUGCCAAAGAGUGCAACGCUGGGCAUGGGCAUUGGCGCGGGGGCGGGCGCGGGCGCGGGCGCGGGCGUGUUUCAUGUUGACACGGUGAAAAUGCUUGCGGCUUCUGACUCCAACUCCGACUCCGAUGACGACGAUGCUAUCCUUCUUCUCCCUGAGUCCGGCCCCAGCCCCGACUCUGCUGGACCCAGCUCGGCGCGCAGCAAACCCAAAGCUGCGCCAGCAUUAGCGCCAGCGCCAGCGCCCGCGUCCGCGCAAGGGGGGAAGGCGGCGUUUAAUGAGCGCGUGCGCGGGUUUGCGUCCCCCAGGCGCGUGGAGCGGCCGCCCGACCCCAUGGACCGCCUCCGCGGGUUCGUCUCCCCGCGCGCGCGCACUCGGGAGGGGCAGAGCGGGGGAAGCGCAUGGGGCGCGGAUGCUGGUCGUGCCCCUGGUGGUUCUGGUGGCGGUGGGGUUGGGGUUGGGGGUGGGGGUGGGGGUGCUAGGAGUGGGGCAGCAGGGGCGGAGGAGAGUCAGCAGGGUGGCUCGAUUUGGCAGCAGUAUCAGCGGCCGCACACACAGCAGCAGCAGCAGCAGCAGCAGCAGCUGCAGCAGCAACAACAGCAGCAGCAGCAGCAGCAGCAGACAGAGAAGGAGAGCAAAGCCAAUCGCAGGCGGCCCAAUCUGCGGCCGUUACAACUAGACGCGCUGGUAACCACCCCCAGAGGCCGCAGCCGCACCCACCUUCCCGUGGGGGGGCCUCUCUCCGCUCGCGCUGCUGGCCCAGGGGGGAGCAGCGGAGCCGGAGCCAGCAGCUUCCGCCUGAGGGGCGCGGGGGGGAGCAGAGGGGGAGGGGCGGGGUGGGAUGGGGAUGCGCCCUUGGCGGCCCCCGCAGGGGUGGGGGAGGGGCCGGGGGGGCGCGGACAUAUAGCAAUGGCAAUGCCCCCCCUUUGGCAUAGAAGCCCCAGAGCGGGGGGGAGUGGCUUGAACCUAGGUGCUAUCACCCCUACUGCUGCAUCUGCUGCUGCGGCUGCAGGGGGGAGGGGUGGCCCGUCCGCUGGUGCUGCUGCUGCGGGAUUGGGGGAGAGGGCGGGGGGCGCGGGGAUGGGGGACAGCACCAGCAGCCCCAAGUACUUUGCUGUGCUCAAGAGCCCCCGCGCCCCUGCGGAAACCCCCAAGCGCUCCAACAAGAGCCCCAAGACGCCGCGGGGGGAGGUGCUAUCUGGGAAAGGCGGGGGCGAGGGGGGAAUGAGCAGCAGCGCCGCUGCUGGGUGGGGAGGAGGGGCGCAAGGCGGAGGGGGAGGGGGGGGGGACGGCAGCAGGAGGCGGGGGCUGGCGUCGUGGGGAGGGGGAGGGGCGCUGGCAGCAGCAGUGGACACCUUUAGCAGGAGCCUCAGCGCCCAUCCUGUUAGCCCUAGAGGAGUGGGGGCCGGAGGGGGGGCAGGCGCAGGGGGAGGGGGAGGGGCAGGGGGAGGGGGAGGGGCAGGGGGAGGGGGAGGGGCAGGGGGGGGAGGCGGGAUGACAGCGGAUGCCGCAGCAGCAUUUGACGCGCACGCUAAGAGAGCCAUGGCGUUAAACGUCCAUCCGCCCCCGAGCCCGUCGUUCCACGCGCUUCCCAGCCCUUCGUUUAGACCGGCACCUUCCCCCACCGCUGCUGCUGCUGGGGCUGCUGCUGGUGGGGGGGGCGGCGGGGGCAUCAGCAGCAGCAUGCGCGGGGGGGGAAGCAGCAGCGGCGCUGGGGGGGCUGAUAUGGGCGCAGGAGGGGGGGCAGCAACGAGAGGCAUGGGCAUGGGCAUGGGGAUGGGCAUGGGGAUGGGUAUGGGGAUGGGGGCAGGGAUAGGGAUGGGCGUGUUUCAGCAGGGGUAUUCUGACGUAACGCGGCGGUAUGAGAUGGGGCGGAAAGUGGGGCAGGGGCGCAAGGGCGUGACGGUGUACCAGUGUGUGGAUAGGCGCUCUGGGCGGCAGUAUGCGUGUAAGACUAUAGACAAGGUGACUCUAACGGGGGGCAGGAAGGAGGAAGCGGUGAGGACGGAAGUGGCUAUAAUGAGGAAGCUGCAGGGCCAUCCGCACAUAGUGGAGAUUAAAGACACGGCUGAAGACGCCAAGUUCGUGCACAUCGUCAUGGAGAUGUGCUCCGGCGGCGACCUGCUGGACCACAUCAACACACAGCUGUGCAUCUCGGAGCGCGAGGCCGCCACCAUCGUGCGCGUGCUCGUGCAGACCAUCCAGUUCUGCCACGUCAGCGGCAUCAUGCACCGUGAUCUUAAACCCGAAAACGUGCUGCUCGGCUCGCCAGGCCAGUGGUGGGACCUCCGGGUGGCGGACUUUGGCUUCUCUGUGCCGCUCAGAGCAGGCCAGCGCAUGAAGGGUUACGCGGGGUCCCCCUUCUACAUGGCGCCCGAGGUCCUGGACGGUUUAUACGGCCACGAGGCUGACAUCUGGAGCCUGGGGGUCAUCCUCUACACGCUGCUUUCCCAGAAGCUUCCCUUCUGGGAUGACACGGACGCGGGCGUGUACGACCUGAUUCGCCGGUGCGAGGUGGACACGAGCUCGGGCAUGUGGCCGCUGGUGUCGCCGGCUGCUAAAGACCUCGUGCACCGCAUGCUGGCGUUUGACCCCAACCACCGACUCCCGCUGCAUUUGAUCCUAGACCAUCCUUGGGUGGUAACCAACACAACGGUCGACAUCCCCCGGGUGCCGUCCAGCACGUCUGUGUCCUCCGAGGCGUCCUCCCUCGAGCCGCGCUCUUCGUCGGGCCGGCGGAAGAAGGACAUUGCGCGCUCCGCCGGCACCAUCUUCUCGUCCCGAGCGCAGCCCCACUCCAUGCGCGCUGCAGCUGCUGCUGCCGCUGCUGCGGCGGCUGCUACGGGUGGUGGUCGGGGGGAUGAUGAGGAUGAUGAGGAGGGUGAUGGCAAGGGUGAGAGAGGAGGGAAGGGUGGAAAGGACUAGGGGGGGCAGCCUGCACCAUCUUCUUGUCGCGUGCCCAACCCCACCCCACGCUGCUGCGGCUGCUGCUGCGGUGGCAGUGGCUGCAGCAGCUGCUAAGGGUGAUGAAGAGGAGGAAGACGGGAAUGGGAAGGGAGGAGGGAAGAGCGGAGGGGAUUAGAAGGGUGUGGGGUUCGGACGAAGGGCAUUGCUUGCUCUUCCAGCACCAUCUUGUCGCGCAUGCAGCCCCAUUCAAUGCGCGCUGCUGCGGCGGCGGCGGUUGCGGCUGCUGCUGCUUCUGCGGGUGGGGGUUGAGCGGGUGGUGAGGAUGAGGGGGGUGUUGGCAAGGGUGAGAGAGGAGGCGUGCUGCUGUUGCUGCUGUUGCCGCAGCGGCAACUGUAUAAUGUAGAUCAGGCUGUCCCGACCAAGGAACGUUAUGACGAGGUGCAGUGCGGUAACUGACAGUGUUCUAACAGUACCGUAUUGAUUCUUAUGCCUCGAUGCAGUGACGUAAAAAUGGGGAUGUCUGGUCGGCCGACCUUCCAUACUGGGGUUACUUCGUGAGUUCCUCUGUGACCAUUUGAUGGGUCCUAGGGAGGAUCUUUUCAUUCAGCCAAGGGAUAUAUGUUCUUUCAAACAGUAGGGCUUCUUGUUGCUGGAUUCGUUUUGCUAAUUUGAUUCACUUCGGGCGAUGCUGGGGAACGGGGUGCGGGGAAGGGGGCUAAGCGGAGGGAGAGAUUUGAUCGCGUGGGGUGGUCUGCGGCAAUGGCGGAAUCUUCCCACUUCCCCCAGUCUUCCUCCGCCACUCCCGCCACUGCCUCCGCCUUUUCCGCACUCCCCCGUCAGGUCUUUCCCGCGCAUUCCGCGAACACCUCGCGCUCUCCGGCCAUCGCUUCAGCCACAGAAUUCCCCGCAAUUUCCCACGAAGCUUCGCAGCCAGUUGCUGAGCCUGCUCGCUCCUCCGGGGUAGAUACCGGCAGCCCCGCUGCCUCGAGACGGGCCAAGAAAUUCUCUUCGUUAUUGUCACACCCCGGUAUUAGUAGCGACAUGCGCGCGUGCUCCUCAGGGGGAGCGAGUCUCGCAUCGUCAGAGCCUGCUUUCGCGCCGCCAGGUGCGGGUAUCGUAGCGGAACGCAGGGAAGCGGUGACCGGUGAGCUUCUGAGAAGGUUCGCGUGGGCGGACAGGG